UGAUGAUGUUGUUCGGCAGUGUUCAAUGCGAUACAUCUCGCCGAGCAGAGCUGCAAUCGCCUGCCGACCACGCAAGCUAUAUAUAAGGGACUCCUAUUGACCGCUCACCUCAUCAACAACAGUCCCCCCUCAUCAUGAACCCAACCCAGACCAAUACUUUCCACCACCGAUGGUCUCAUCACCCCGAUAUCUACUAUCACUUUAGCCAUCGCUUCCGUUGGCCUGCUGCCCCGGCCGAGGGCGCCUCCGGUGCCGCCGCCAAUGCCGCUACUGAGGGCGCGGCAGGCCUUGCCUCUGGUGGCGUGGCUCAACCCCCUCCCCGCAAUCCUUAUGGCGGCUAUCAUCACUAUUACGAGCGAGGGCCGUAUCGUAGAUGGGGUCGAAGGCCUAGCCGCCUCAUUUGGUUUAGCAUCGGUGCCAUCACUGCUACGGUAUGGUACAAGCAUCACCAUGAGCGCAAGAACGACCUCGAAAAGUUCAUCACCGAUCCCCAGUGCUGGUCCCGACAUCACCGCACUCUGCCACCUCCUCCCACCGAAACACCUACUGCUUCAGUGACCCCCGCCGUGCCCUCUCCUGCUCCCUCCGCCACGGAUCCUCUACCGAAGCGAGACUCGUCAUGGUGGUGGGAUGACGAGAAACGCCAUGCGGGCUGGAGAGCUUGGAAGGAGCAGAAGAUGGAGGAGCAUCGUGCCAAUCAUGAAGCCAAGGCUGUCCAGGCUCAGGCGCCCGUUGACACCGCUUCUUCUGCCACAUCUGGAGAGACUUCAGAAUUCAAGAGUCUUCGAGAAGCCGUCGAGAAGCUCUGGGCGGAAAAGACUGCCGCAGAUGGGAAUGCGCAGAAGGUCAAUGCCCAGGUGAGUGCUCUGCAGACCUUUCUCGUGCAUAGCUGACUCGGGGGAUCAGGCAAGGGAGUAUGCAAGUGAGAAGCUUGAAAAGCUCAGUGUCGCGCUUGAGAAUCUGCGCGAGUCUUUGAAGGUAGAUGACAAACCCCAGGGUGAUAAGAAGAUUGUGUAGAGUCAUUGAUGAAUGUAUCCCCUGUCAUAACUCAUAAGUGCUUCAGAUCACGCGCCAUAUCAAAAGCUUGGGUUCCAGUCGCAUCUUAACCACAGGCUCCCAUGGGCUGUUAGACCAGGUGCUCUCUCAUUCAUGCAUUAGAUACAGAGGAAUCCGAGGGCCCAGGGGAAAAG